AUGACAUGUGUGUCAUCAGUCACUUGGAGCAGUGACCAGUACUUGAUGACAUGCGUGUCAUCAGUCACUUGGUGCUGUGACCAGGACUUGAUGACAUGUGUGUCAUCAGUCACUUGGUGCUGUGACCAGUACUUGAUGACAUGUGUGUCAUCAGUCACUUGGUGCUGUGACCAGUACUUGAUGACAUGUGUGUCAUCAGUCACUUGGUGCUGUGACCAGUACUUGAUGACAUGUGUGUCAUCAGUCACUUGGUGCUGUGACCAGUACUUGAUGACAUGUGUGUCAUCAGUCACUUGGUGCUGUGACCAGUAG